CUGAUAACCUUUGUUCCGGUUAGCCGACGGCAGCUUGACGUAAAGACGGACUGAGGCGUGAGUGAGUUUGUUUUUGGGCUCGCUUCACCGGAGAGAAGCUGUCCUCUCUUCCCGCCGGUGGCACACGGAGGCACGCGCCCUGUGCCGUCAUCCCGGUCUACCGUGUUACCGGGGUUAAAAACAGCCAUGACGUCGGUGUGGAAGCGGCUUCAGCGGGUCGGGAAGAAAGCCUCAAAGUUCCAGUUUGUUGCCUCAUUUGAGGAACUGAUAUUAGAAAGCUGUAAGAAAUGGCAGCCAGACAAACUGAGAGUGAUGUGGAUCAGGAGAAACAGACACCACAGCACCAAGUUCCACAGCUGGCAGCCAGGGAUUAAGAACCCCUACAGGGGCCUGGUGGUGUGGCAGGUCCCAGAGACUUUAGACAUCACCGUCACACUUUUCAAGGAAGCUACUGCAGAGGAAUUUGAAGACAAAGAUUGGACGUUUGUUAUAGAGAGUGAAACAAAAGGCCGUCGGAAGGUUUUAGCAUCAGCUGACGUUAAUAUGAAGAAGUAUACCAGCUCUACGCCUGGCCAGUACAACAUAACGCUGCAGCUCAAACCACUCUCUGUCAAAGUGGUGGAGGCCACGCUGAAACUCAACCUGUCCUGUAUCUUUCUCAAGGAGGGCAAAGCUACGGAUGAGGACAUGCAGAGUUUGGCCAGUUUAAUGAGCGUGAAACACGGCGACAUCGGCAAUCUGGAUGACUUUAACGACAGCGAUGAGGACGUGGGCGAGGACAGAAGGACCAGCUAUGGACAAGCUACACGUGUUACUGUAAGCUCAGAUACAAACAGGAAAAGGCCAUUUGGCUUGUCCUCAUCAGCUCUGUCUGAAGCCCCAGACCCUCCUACUCCUCCCCUUUCACUGGAAACCUUCGCACCACCACCCAGCACCACCCACCAGGAUUUACCACCCCCCAGUGCCUUCACACAAGCUCGUCCUCCAGCACUUCCCAAAAUCUUUCAGUCAUGUGUCAGAUCAGCUCCACGGAGGCCCCGCAGCUUCCACAGUGAUGUUUGUUCAGCUGAAGGUUUGGACAUCCAGCCUUUUUCUACACUUCCCUCUUCCAAGGCCCUCUCCACUCCUUAUCUCUGUUCAUCUCCCCCUGAUUCAUCUCUUCACGGGUCUGCCUUCUCUGAAAACUCACAAGCAGCUCUCCCAAGAUCUUCUUCUAUACCUCCUGCUGCCGGGCUUCCCAGAGCUUGCCCCCUCUUCACGGGGGACCUGGGCUCUGCCUCGACCCAACCUACCAGUCUCCCAUCUGCUCCUGAGAGAGCCUCCUGGCAAACUGAGUGGAGAUCUCCUAAGUCUCAGGCCCCUCUGUCACAGCCUGCCCUCUCUCCUAAGUUUCUGCAGUUUGCUUCACAUUACUCUGGACAAAGUGUGGUGCUUCAGAAAACACAAGGAGGCGAAAUUACGUCUUCCUUCCCUCUGCCUGCUGCUCAGUCUGUGGAUCAGAAAGCACAGGGAGAGACCGGAUAUGUUGCUACCCAGAGACCUGAUGAGACCACCUCUACAGUAGACAAGUCCACACCUGGUUCUCUAGGUUCUCCCGCUGCCCUUAUGUUUUCUGGUGCAUCUCCUCCCCAGCCUUAUGUAUCCCAAACCAGGGUAUUUUCUGAUAAGAAGGAUCCAGAAAUCAGGAGACAUCUGAGCACGCUGAGUGAGGAGGACAGCCAGGGUGGAAUACCUCCAGCCUUUGACCCCAGAUCCACUGGACAGAAGCUAGAAAGCUCCAUAGCAACAUCUGGAAGAGUCACAUCAUCAUCAGAAGAUAAGAACGUGGUUUUACAACAGUCCCCAUGCCCAGUUUUCAGUGAUGCAACAAAACUGCAUCAGACCCAGAGCACUGAUUCUGAGCUUCAGUUACAGAAUUGGCUCACAGCAGGAAGCAUACCUGUGCUGGACUUAAAAAAGGCAACUGAAAAGCAUUCUUCAACUAGGGAGGUUAUCCUGAAUGCUACUUCAGAAGAAACCAAAAAAGAACCUGAAGCAGAAAUGUUAACAGAAAAAGUUGGCCCAACACCAGUUGGUACUUUUGAGGAGUUUCACAUUAAUGAUGAUACAAAAAUGAAGGCAGAAAAUGAAGAUGGUGUAGUAGACCUGUUGCCAUUAUGUCUUUCAAGCAUUGCAUUGACUGAUAAACCACCAAUAGCUCAACAGGAGAUACUUUCAGAAAACAACAUGGACUCCAAGCUUGGUAAGAAGACAGACUUUCUAAAAGAAGGGAGUGAAAUUAAACAUGUGGGAGCCAUGAAACCUAGUCUCCUAAAGCUUUCUAACAUCCCAGACAAGCCCUUAGUUCUACAAGCCUCUGCAGUACACCUUGGAACAGGCAACAUCAGCAUGUCAGGUUCUUGUCCAGAGAUCUCACUCAUUGAAGGUCUUCCAUCAUUGGUGCAGAACGAGAGCAAAAGAUGGGCGGCAAAUUACAAACCCUUAACAGCAACAAAGCCGAAGGUUAAUGCAGUCACCAUGGAAUAUGCACUUUAUAAUGAUGAAGUGGGGAUCAUGACAGCAUUAGUCUCAACUUGCCCUAAACAAGCUUGGACACCUGGGUUUCCUUCUGCUUUGACUCCUAUGGUAAUCCAUAGAAUGCUUAGUAGCGUCCAUCUCCUCCCAUCUUGUCCACCCGUCUCUAGAUCUGCUAGUUUUCCAUCAAUCCAGAAAGCUGGUAACAAAGACUGGACAGCCGAUCAUCAGCCAAUAUGGAAAUACACGUUACAAAAGAAGUCUGUAUUACUGCUGGAAAACAGUAAAGGAGAUAUAAAAAGUGUUUCUCUGACACCAAGUUGUCCAAAUAAAUCACGUAUUCCUGGUUUUCCCUCCAUUCUGAAAAGCAGAGUAACAAAUAUGGUGAACCUGUCAAGCUCAAUUUCUAAAGUCUCACAGAUAGCAGGAAUUCCAUCAUUUAGUUCUCCACAGUUGUGGACAACAAGCAAGGAGUCGUUGUUUGAACCAAAAAUGAAUAACAAGCACUCUUUUCUGCUCGGCCAGCAAUGCAAAAGGAGGACAGUGAAGGGAAACAUGUCCCUUGUACCGUCCUGUCCCACAACAUCAAGUAUUAAUGGUUUCCCAUCUAUUCCUAAUCCCAAAAAUAAGUAUUACCAACCUGAUGUAGUCAGUCUCCUGCCUCUGUGUCCCAUAUUUUCCAUCAUUCCAGGAUUUCCAUCACUGGAAGAGCAACAAGAAGAACACUGGGCCUCUGAUCUGGGUUUAUCGAUAUUACAUCCAAACAGGAUUGUUCAUCUGAAUGUUGACAACUCACCAGUUUACACAGAAAAUCCAAAGAACAUGCAGCUAUUGGCUCCUUCGUGCCCAGGACAAUCCAGUUUUCCAGGCUUUCCCUCAGCUGUUAAGUACAGCGUGCCAAAUAUCACAACUACUGGUUCCACAGAAUGCAAUAUUCUGAAAUGUUCUUCCACUGAUGGAGCUUCAGUAUUCCAGCUGACUUUGGAUCCAAAUAUCAAUUGUGAUAAACUUUCAAAGGAUACAGUUUCUCAAACAAAAACUCCAAUACAAGAUGAACAAACUAUGGAGACCAAUUUGGUGCCAACACCAUCUUCUCUGGAGGCUUCCAAAUUGCUGGGAAGGCCCUCCAGUCCUGAACUUACAUCGAAGACGGAACUUCGUAGUCCAACCUUAUCAGUUGGUACUUUCACGGUGUGUCACACUGGAAAUGAUAAUAAAAUGAGGACAAACCAUGAGGCUGGAGUGGGAGACUUGUUGCUUUUAUGUCCAACUGUAAGUGGCACGUUUAAAUCUCCUGCUACAGAUGAACAAACUAGUGAAUUUUCUCUGGACACUGAAUGUGCUCCAGAAACCCAAUAUGAGACGACCGUUACCCCAAUCAUUGAGUCUGAUCUUCUGUUACAUCGAAGUUUAAAACAAAUGGAGGACAAGACCUCUUCCUAUCGUGGUGUACAAUCUAUGAAUGAUUACACAAAGCCUGAAUUUUGCAACACACACUUUACAUAUGAAGCAUGUUCCAGAAUUUCAAACGUUACCGGGAUGCCUUCCAAUUCUCCUGAUGAGGAAGAAACGCCCUCGAAAAUAGAUCACCAAGGAAUCUGGGAGAAAAAAAUGAAAACAAAUGAAAAUUUUGCACAGUUUGCUUCAGAAGAAAGUAAAGAACACAAAGCAGGAAUGGCCUUACUCAGACUCACUUGUCCAACAGAAUCCUGCCAAAACAGUUUAUCUCAUCAAAGAAGUGGGAUAGAUGUUUUUCCAUUUUGUGUAAUUCCACAUAAGACAUCGUCUUCAGACAUUGCAUUGACUGAUAAACCACCAAUAGCUCAACAGGAGAUACUUUCAGAAAACAACAUGGACUCCAAGCUUGGUAAGAAGACAGACUUUCUAAAAGAAGGGAGUGAAAUUAAACAUGUGGGAGCCAUGAACCCUAGUCUCCUAAAGCUUUCUAACAUCCCAGACAAGCCCUUAGUUCUACAAGCCUCUGCAGUACACCUUGGAACAGGCCACAUCAGCAUGUCAGGUUCUUGUCCAGAGAUCUCACUCAUUGAAGGUCUUCCAUCAUUGGUGCAGAACGAGAGCAAAAGAUGGGCGGCAAAUUACAAACCCUUAACAGCAACAAAGCCAAAGGUUAAUGCAGUCACCAUGGAAAAUGCACUUUAUAAUGAUGAAGUGGGGAUCAUGACAGCAUUAGUCUCAACUUGCCCUAAACAAGCUUGGACACCUGGGUUUCCUUCUGCUUUGACUCCUAUGGUAAUCCAUAGAAUGCUUAGUAGUGUCCAUCUCCUCCCAUCUUGCCCACCCGUCUCUAGAUCUGCUAGUUUUCCAUCAAUCCAGAAAGCUGGUAACAAAGACUGGACAGCCGAUCAUCAGCCAAUAUGGAAAUACACGUUACAAAAGAAGUCUGUAUUGCUGCUGGAAAACAGUAAAGGAGAUAUAAAAAGUGUUUCUCUGACACCAAGUUGUCCAAAUAAAUCAAGUAUUCCUGGUUUUCCCUCCAUUCUGAAAAGCAGAGUAACAAAUAUGGUGAACCUGUCAAGCUCAAUUUCUAAAGUCUCACAGAUAGCAGGAAUUCCAUCAUUUAGUUCUCCACAGUUGUGGACAACAAGCAAGGAAUCGUUGUUUGAACCAAAAAUGAAUAACAAGCACUCUUUUCUGCUCGGCCAGCAAUGCAAAAGGAGGACAGUGAAGGGAAACAUGUCCCUUGUACCGUCCUGUCCCAUAACAUCAAGUAUUAAUGGUUUCCCAUCUAUUCCUAAUCCCAAAAAUAAGUAUUACCAACCUGAUGUAGUCAGUCUCCUGCCUCUGUGUCCCAUAUUUUCCAUCAUUCCAGGAUUUCCAUCACUGGAAGAGCAACAAGAAGAACACUGGGCCUCUGAUCUGGGUUUAUCGAUAUUACAUCCAAACAGGAUUGUUCAUCUGAAUGUUGACAACUCACCAGUUUACACAGAAAAUCCAAAGAACAUGCAGCUAUUGGCUCCUUCUUGCCCAAGACAAUCCAGUUUUCCAGGCUUUCCUUCUGCUUCCAAAGUGCUUUGCAUGCCCUUCAGUCCUGAACCUACAUCUAAGAAGGAACCAAGUGCAGUAGAGUUUGUACCUUGCUGCUCCAGUGCUUCACAUAUUAAAGGAUGUGCAUCAUUGAAUGUAGUCCAAAGCACAGAGUGGCUUGGUGGAACAGAACCAAUUCAUUCACCACCUCACGACAGGACCAGACCUUUUAUUUUACUUUCUGGACUGGAGCAGCUGGAGUUCAACAAUAAAGGAAGUAUGUGGAUAUUAGUAACAACCUGCCCCAAACAGGCCAGAGUGUAUGGGUUUGCCUCUGCACAGAAGAUAAGCAGGCCUAUGGACAUGACCAGCUUAUACACUUCUGCUCCAUGCAGUUCUUGUGUCCCAGGCUUUCCUUCAGUCAGACGACUUAGCUCUGAAAGUACACUGGAACGGAAAUACUACAAGAUUUUAUAUGAUAAGCAGCAAAAGGAAACAGUUCCUUCUGCAUUUUAUUUAGCUAAAUGUCAUCAAGAGCCAAAUGACAAUAAGUAUAUGUGUUCCAUGGCUUCAUCAUGUCCACGACUGUCUCAGAGUCCUGGGUUCCCCAGUAUUUUGCAACUGUACACAUCACAGGUUAAAACAUGCCUUAUGCUACCAGCUUCUGUUGCUGGAAAGUAUGCUUCGCAAAAACCACCUGAAGCUCAAUCAGGAGUUUGGGGCAUUACCUCCUCAUCGGUUAUCAGCCAGAGCACAGAGACUACAUUUGAAGAAAGCAUCGAUCUAAAGCACAGUAUAGAUGUGUAUCUAGAUAACAGCCUCAAACAAACAAGUGUGAAAGAAAUUUCUGCCACUUUUCUUCAGCCAUCAUCAAAUGAAUCACUUGAAGAUGCCAACAACAAAGUCCAAUUUGAUGUUCUCUUGGACAGAUCUUCGGAACAUCACGACAAUAGUUGUGUGGAACCACAAACUGAUGCUGCUGGUUUUCAACAAAUUAAAAUAACAAAGAGAAAAGUUCAAGCUAAGCCAAGGGAGUGUGAUGGGAGAAAUUAUGCUCCAAUAAGGCCUUGCAGGAGAAAAGAUAGUCAAACAACAGACCAACAACUGGAUGGCAUACCUUCAGUUCAGACCAAAAAGAAGGAGGCUCCUUUUGAAAUUCCUACAGAGUCAUCCUCUAAUCCCACCCUUCCCUGUGACACAAAACUCCAGUUUAGUUUGGAUUUUAUUCCCAAUCGUUUUAAUAAAAGCUCUAGUACAUCAGAUAGUCUUGAGCUAUUGCAGAGCGUUGUCAGUCCCAGCGAAAAGGCCACCAACAACAUUCUUACUCAAAUAAAAGGUGAGGACAAUCUGACGGCUAAAGAGCAAUCCCUAGUUCCUGAGUUGUGUCUGAGUCCUUCUCUUCAGACAAACAUAGAACCAGUUGAAUCAAUGGACAGCGAUAACUACCACUACGACUUGAAUUUGCCCAACAAACAUUUCAUACAUUCUCAGAUUGGUUCUCAAACAGUAAAGGAAAUGAAAAGCAUCCCCUCAAGGCUAAAUGCAGAGAUUAAACAAGCCCCUCUUUCAAUCAUCAAGAAGAUUCAUCUUCCAAAACUAGCAAUAGGCGGAAACACCAGGGACAAAACCACUGUGCAGAAUGUGAAUGUUUCCUAUAAAGAGUCUGUUCAGCCAAUCCAGCGCUACAACACUACUGUGGCUGGUUUGGAAAAAGAAAAGCAGCCAGCAGUUGGUACAUGUUUUGAUUCAUCUACAACUCAAGAGGCAGAAGAUGUGACAGAAGAGGUGGAAAAGACCAAACAAACUACUUAUCCUGUCCCACGGCCUCGUACCAAAAAAAACCUCCGUGGCUCCUUCACAGAUGUCUGCACAUCCUCAGAGAGAACAUCUCACGCAUCCCAUAGUGAGGUAGCACAAAAAGAAGAAGAUGGUCUCAGAUUGAGUACUUCCUCAUCAGUAGGGGAACACAGUAAAGAUCUUCAUUCUUCCACAGAAUCACCUGUAUUUACAGAAUGGAUAGGUGCAGAACUAAAGAGACAACGACCCUCUAGCAUGACUGAACAAAAAGAAAAAGUAAAGAAAAAUGUCUUUACUUCAUCAUCUCUGCAGUUAGAAGAUAAAGCUGAUACAGUGAGUCCUACAGCAGCCAAAGAAAAACAGUCAGAAUUUGUUGUUCCAUCACAAAGAACCAAGCGACAUCUCAGGCCAGUUCAAGUACCACUGGCAAACAGAGAGAAUGAAAUGGCUCAGACAAACCCAGAUGAUACAACCAAGGAAUACUCAGCAGACGUAGAUUCAUGUUUGAACUCUGAAGGAUGUCGGUAUUCAGCCAAAAGAGAAGUUGUAUCACAGUUAGAGAGAGAUGUGAUAGAAGCAAUGCAAGAGGUAUUGCCUCAGUCACACUGUCCAAGGGAUCCAGUACAGGUUCUGGACAAAAUCACUGAAAGUUGGACCACCACAGAUGAACCAAAAAUCACCAUAGAGAAGGACGAUGUCGGAAGGGUCCUGGAAUUAGAUAUGUCUGGUUGUGUCUCUGUUGAAUCUUCUCAAGACAACUGGCUCUAUGUUGAAUAUGUAUCCGACAUUGACCCAAUUGAAAUGAACACAAGGAAGGAAGUGACAGAUGAAGAUUUCGACUUUGGCUUUGUGUCUGUAGAUAGAGCUGAUGCUUUUUCAGAAAAUCCAAGGUUAUUGGAAAAAAACAAAGGGUCCUCGGGUCGUCUUGAUCCUGUGCGUCGAGGAAAGAAACAGUUGAGUGAUUCUGCUUUAUGUGAGACCAAGUCACAAGUUGGUGUCCACCAAGACAUUAAACCCACAACACCUCAGAAAGGUCCUGACCCUGCCCUUUCUUCUCUGAAUAGUCCCACCUUGGUGUCGUCUAGUCAGUCUCUAUUGGAGUGGUGUCAGGAGGUCACACUGGGUCACAAGGGGCUAAAGAUAACAAACUUCAGCACAUCCUGGAGAAAUGGACUGGCUUUCUGUGCCAUCUUGCAUUACUUUCAUCCUGAAAAAGUAAACUUUGAGAUGCUGGACCCAUAUGACAUCAAGAAUAACAACAAAAAGGCGUUUGAUGGUUUUGCUGAACUUGGUAUUUCCCGACUUAUCGAUCCCUCAGACAUGGUGAUGCUCACCGUGCCUGACCGACUAAUCGUCAUGACCUACCUGAACCAGAUUCGGACCCAUUUCACAGGCCAGCAGCUCAGUGUGCUUCAUAUAGAGAAGAAUAGCAGAGAGUCCAGUUAUGCAGUAGCAGGGAACCGGGACAACCGGGAAGACCCUGAGGCCAUGGUUCAAUACUGUACCCAAAGACUCCAAGAGGGUCUGAAUCUUGAGAGCACCGGGAGUUCUGACUCAACAGAGGAAGACAGCAAAAGUUGUAAAGAGAUGGUUCCUCCUCCUAGAUCAACACGGCUGCAGGGUCCCGUGGCACCACCAAGGACUCAUUUUCUGUCCAAGUCUGGGUUCUCUCAUGUCAGAGAUGCAGAUCUGGUGAAGAAACGUCGGUCACAGAGAAGGAGCGGGUCAGUAGAGGAGGGAGACAUUUCACUGGUUGGUAUCGGGCAGGAACAGAGGAAGUCGGAACCAGAGAGAACAGGUGUGGUACUUGAUGAAGAGAGACCAGCAGGCCAGGACCCAAACCAGUAUGUGUUGAGCCAGCUGGAAGCUCUGGAGACAGAACAGAACCACAUUGAUACCAGAGCUGGUGUAGUGGAGAGGAGACUCCGACAGUUACUGGAAACAGGCAGUGACAAAGUGGAGGAGGAGAGGCUGAUUCAGGAGUGGUUCACACUGGUCAACAAGAAGAAUGCUUUAAUCCGGAGGCAGGAGCAUCUGCAGCUCUUGUUGGAAGAGCAAGAUUUGGAAAGGAAAUUUGAGCUGUUAACCAAAGAGUUGAGAGAUUUGAUGGCAAUAGAAGAGAGUCAGAAAAGUCCGGUCCACGGAGAGCGAGAACAGCUGCUGCUCCAGGAGCUGGUGUCUCUGGUCAACCAGAGGGAUCAGCUGGUCCACAAUAUGGAUGCCCAGGAGAAAGGAGCUCUGGAGGAGGACGAGCGCCUGAGCCGGGGCCUGGAGCAGCGCAGGAGGAAGUACUCUCAGCAGCAGAAAGACACGUGUGUCAUUCAGUAAAUCUACAACCUCUUGUCUCUGACAAAGAUUGGAGCUCCAACACACAAACGAGGAGGAGGGAGACGUCAGACUAUCCAGGCUCUGAGAUGCGCUCUGAUGAUCAAACCUCUGGGUUCUGUGGCAGAUUCACUCUUUUCACUCGGAUGCAAUAGAGUUUUUAUUUUUUUGUGAGAAAAUAGAAUCUAAAUCAGUCAGUUUUAUACAGUUUAUUAUUAUUUAUUUUAAAGAUGUCGUGUUAAAUGGUGUGUGAAGCCCUCUGGUAGCAGUAAACUAAUUUACAGACGGCAAUGAAGUCUAGAGAUUAGACUUUGGUGCCAAUGAAAAAGAAAAGUUCAGACUAGGUUAAUUUUUUUAACCCUCUCACUGUCUUUAUGGGUGACCCCGCGAGGAAAGCUGACCAUUGAGCAGGAUUGAUGGUUUAUCCCUUGAGGUCCACGUGGCAGGGGUGAGGUGGUGCUCACUCCUCACCCCUGCCACGUGGACCCAAGGAUGUAAUUUUCACUUUAGAAGAGGGGGGACACGGGGGGG